ACCGAACCGAACGACGAUGGCAGCCGGCGGUGGCUCCAAGCACAAGGGCAAACAGAAUACCAAGCCUGUGGCCAAGAAGAAGGUGCACGCGAAACCCGCGGCGAAGAAAGGCCAGCCGUUCGCGUCCCUGAGCAAACAGCACAAGUUCUCUUCGCGCACCACGGGCGAUGCUUUUAACACCUCACCAUUUUAGACAACCCCAGCACCAACCGAAAAAGCAGCAGCCCUCUGGGAGCGGAGCCAAGAAGCAACUGACCAAGGAGCAAGAAGCUGUCCGUCAACAGAGACUGCAGGAACAGCGCUCGUUUGAAGAGCGGAUGCGGUCACUGAAAAACCCACCCCAGCCCAAACCUAUGCCAUCCUUCGUCCUUGCACCGCCAACCUUUACACUCCCUUCGUCAACUGGAUCGUCGCGGCAGCCGUCUGGAUUCCAAACCUACAUCGAGCCCUUGCUGGCGAAGGACGCUCCAGUUGAACCAUCAGGUCCUCGUGUCCAGCCCGUCGUAACUCGACCCAAGAACGUUUUCGCAGUUCUGGAUGUUCACGACGACGCAGAUGAACCUGCGCAAGUCGUCAAUCCUUUCACCAUGCGCCCAGCAACAUUUCAAGUGCCAGGGCAGUCCAUGUUUCGAGUGGCACCUUCUUCGUUUCAGGUCCCAGCCCCUGUCCCCGCAGUGCUUGGAAACGACGACGACGACCUGUAAUUCCCAAACACUCGUUUUGGCAUGUGCUA